GAGGGCGCUGCGCCUGCGCCAGAACGGCUGCCUAGCUCCCGGAAGCGGAGGGUCUACCCGAAGAGCGCCGCUGGGUCUGGGUGCCCGGAGGCAGAAGCGAUCGCGGAGCUCAUCCGUUGACCCCCGACUGCCAUGUCGGCCUUCGACACCAACCCCUUCGCGGACCCAGUGGACGUGAACCCCUUCCAGGAUCCUUCUGUUACCCAGCUGACCAAUGCCCCACAAGGUGGCCUGGCUGAAUUCAACCCUUUCUCAGAGACAAAUGCAGCGACAACGGUUCCUGUCACCCAGCUCCCUGGGCCUUCUCAGCCAGCAGUUCUCCAGCCCUCAGUGGAACCAACCCAGCCAGCCCCCCAGGCUGUGGCCUCUGCAGCCCAGGCAAGCCUGCUACGGCAGCAGGAAGAACUGGACAGGAAAGCAGCUGAACUGGAACGCAAGGAGCGGGAGCUGCAGAACACUGUGGCCAACUUACAUGUGAGAGAGAACAACUGGCCGCCCCUACCCUUGUGGUGUCCCGUCAAGCCCUGCUUCUAUCAGGAUUUCUCUACAGAGAUCCCUGCCGACUACCAGCGAAUAUGCAAGAUGCUCUACUAUCUAUGGAUGUUGCAUUCAGUGACUCUGUUUCUAAACUUGCUUGCCUGCCUGGCCUGGUUCUUAAUCGACAGCAGCAAGGGAGUGGACUUUGGCCUCUCAAUCCUAUGGUUUGUUAUCUUCACCCCCUGUGCCUUCCUUUGUUGGUACCGACCCAUCUAUAAGGCCUUCAGGUCUGACAACUCUUUCAGCUUCUUCGUGUUCUUCUUCAUAUUUUUUUGUCAAAUAGGAAUCUAUGUCAUCCAGUUGGUUGGCAUCCCUAACCUGGGGGACAGUGGUUGGAUUGCAGCCCUGUCUACACUGAAGCACGACUUGGCUGUGUCAAUCAUCAUGAUGGUGGCGGCUGGCUUCUUCACCCUCUGCGCUGUGCUCUCACUCUUCCUCCUGAAGCGGGUGCAUUCACUGUAUCGCCGGACGGGGGCCAGCUUCCAGCAGGCCCAAGAGGAGUUUUCCCAGGGCAUCUUCAGCAACAGGACCUUCCGCAGUGCUGCCUCGUCUGCUGCCCGAGGAGCCUUCCAGGGGAAUUAGUCCUCCUGACUUUCCUCCUGCCCCAGCCUUUUCUCUCACCUGCCUUCUGAACUGCACAUCCCAUGGGUGCCUUAAGCAGUGCUUAUGCCCAGCACAGACCCAGGAGGGUCUUGCCAUGGCUCUUCCUUCUUCCACAGCGACCAGCUCUCCCUUCUCACCCAAGGGAAGGGGAGGGAGGGACAGGGACUUUUUUUUACAUAAGAGAAAAGAAAAAAAACAAAGCUGCCUUUCCUUCUCAGGUGGUGGUUUGGUAGGAUUCUUUUCUCUCUGGAAGCAGUGGGACUGAAGUACACACACACACACACACACACACACACACCACCCCCAUCAUCCGCCACGUACACACUUGGGAUCACCAGCUGACCUGGGCCCACCCCAGCUGGAGUUGUAUUUCCGUCAGGGUCCUGGGCCUCCACUCCCCAAGCAGCAUGGCCUGAAUCUGGCUCCAUAGACUCAGCCUGUGGCUUCCACAGUCCUGUCUUCCCUUCCUGCCCUGGCUGGGGUAACUUCCCAAGAGCUCCCCUUUAGAUGAGCCACAGUCUGGGCUGGUGGACAGCUCUUUCCCCAGAUCACUGUGGACAGGUCUCCUGGCUUCCAGACUCUCUGGCCUGGUUCUCCAGCCUCUUCCCUCCCUCAUGUUUCUCUCAAACAGAUGUGUAUAGCCCUUUUGGUCCCCUGCACUCUCCUGGUGUGCACAGUACAUUGUGCCCUCUGGGGCCCUCCCUGAGUCCUUCCCUCUUUAGACUUACCGAAUGUGCAAUGGGGUUUGUUGGGAUAUGGGGAUGGGGAGGGACAGAGGAUGACCCGAGUUGUCCUGCCCAGCCUUUAGCGGUCUUCUGGGGGGAGGGCGGGGAUCUUACUGUCCCGAUGUGGGUUGUUUGUUCCUGUUUGUUUUGAUUUCCUUUCUUCCUGGGGGACAGCUGCAGUCUGCCUCUGCCAGAUUCUACCCACUUUGCACUCCACAUCAGCAAUAUCUAGCUUGUAUGACUCUUCAGGAGGACAGGAUACAUCAGGUCAGAGCUGCACCAUGCCAGCUAGACUGAUGAGCCUCCUUUUCAAGGGUUCCAGACUAAUCCUCCAGGGUUCCUCCAUAAUACCCCAAGAAGAGUCUAGGUCACCUUUCACUGGUUCUGGGGAUUCCCCAGGAAGUGUGUCACUGUGAUUAGCAACUAGGAGUCCACGGUUAACACCUGCACCCUGUCCUCUAGAACCUAUAGGGGUGGGUGUGUGGACUGAGGGGACUUCUCAAAAAGCUAGCCAAUCCAGUGGCAGCCAUGAGGCUGCCAGUCCAUUCUGCCCCAGAGCCACUGAAUAAUGGCAGUGACCAAGGUUUUUGUAAACUCCUUUCUGGUAUUUUUUUCCUCCAUGUACAAAUGUAUAUGUUAUGUCUCAAUUUUGUGUUUAAAUAAAAAGACAUUUUCAGACAACUA